UAGAAGCCCAGGGCGCGUUUCUAUUCGGGGGCAGGCUGAUUCUGAUGACGAAGAUGACAGGGCGGACCUUGAGCGCCAGACAGGACGGGGCAUCCUGUCGGAUUCCGCAGGGCCAGGACUGGCAGGGGUGGAAUGGGCGGUGACGGGGCAUGGCCGAGGCGGGGAGAGUCUCGAAGGCACCACCCCCAGGCAGCAGGGGCUGCGGAGCCCGACUCCGCCCACGAGCAGCUAUGACCUUGAGCCGCCUGCGUGCGGUGAUUCAGGGACAGCUGCCGAGGUGUUACGGACAGGCGCGCAUCCAAAAAUUUCUCAGAUUUUACAGGCUUUUCCAGAACUUAAAAGAUACUUGAGAACUCCGAGCCCACAGAGGACAGCUGCCAGCGUGCCGUCAUCACAGAGAGGUGGGGCAGAGAGGCAGCGAGCACGGAGAUCAUCAGUUGCAUCCACCGAAGGAUCGGUAUGGGAGGAUACGCCCACAUUGCAUCGUUUUUUUCCAAUUUCAUACAAAAAAUCAACUUCUUCAGAACAGCAAUUCAAACAGAAGCCGAGAGAACCUUUGCCAAUGGUGAGGGAUGAUGAUGUUAUUGAUGAGGACCACGAGAUGUCAAUCACAGAUGAAGAUAUAAUCAGAAUCACAGCAUCAGAAGGGAUUCCUGCCAGGAGAGUAAAGGCACUUGAGUUUACACGACAAGCUUCGUCAUUUUUGUUAUCUGAGGACUUUAUGAACAAAUUUUUUUGAAGGUUCACUGAAACAGCAUUUCGCCAUGAUCCCACGUCUUCUUUCUCUCAGAUUUUUCUUCCAGGGAAGGAAGUUUCAGAAAAAUUUGAGGAUGCUCAGCAAGCUCAGAUUCCUGUUCAGCGAGUGAAAGAGAAAGAGAAAGUGAAAGAGAAAGAAAAAGAGACAGAAAAAGAAACAGAAAAAGAAACAAAACCUGAGGAAGUGAAGCCUCCAAAACAAGUGGGUCCUGAGAAAGAAGAAGCAGCAGCGAAAGCAAAAACAAAGGAAACAAUUUCAGAGGCAGGCACCACACAGGCUUCUGCCAAGCCAGAAUUUUGUCCAACAGACUGGACAGACAUAAAGAAAUUUGCAUUGAAAGGGGAUACACUUUCAAUGGAUCCAAAAGGCAUAGCUAUGCCAGUGACAUAUGAUGCACAUGAUGCAAACCCAAAAUGGGAGAGAUUGGAUCGUGAAGUCGUCAGGGAUCUGAUGAAAGCCGUUCGUGAUAAUGGAUUGGGGUCUCCAUACUUCAAACAACUUUUGAAAGGGACAUUUAAUAUUUAUGAUUUAACACCAUUUGACCUCCGAUCUCUUGCAACCAUGAUCCUAAGCGACUCACAAUUCAUUCUCUGGGAAGCAAAAUGGAGAAAAAUUUUAAAUGAUUACAGAAUCAAAUACCAAGGUGGGGCAAAUGCAGGCUUCACAGUGGCACUAUUGGCCGGUGAUCCACCACUUGACAGUGCAGCUCGUCAAGCCAGCUUUCUUCCUCGAGACGUGUUGACAGACAUCAAGGAUGCAGCCAGAAAGGCAAUGGUGCAGAUUCCACCAGCAGGAGUCACAGAAAGUCUUUUUACAGAUGUAAAGCAAGGUCCUUCAGAACCCUUCGCUUCAUUCAUCGAUCGUCUCACACAAGCAGUGGACAGGCAAGUCAUUGAUGAGGGAGUGAAGUCACAUAUGAUCCGGUGUCUUGCAUUUGCAAAUGCCAAUCCAGAAUGCAAGCGAGUCAUCAGUGCAAUGCCAGGCCAACCCACCAUGGCAGAAAUUCUAGAGGCAUGCAGCAAGGUGGGGACACCACAGCACGUUGCAACAAUUUUAGGAGAUCAUGUGGAAAAAGCUGUCAAAGAAGCAUUUGCAAAUUUUCAACAAAGACAGUGUUACAAGUGUGGCAAACCAGGGCAUUUCAAGAAGGACUGCCCACAAAUUACAAACAAUGCAGACUCAUCAGAUCAUUGUCUGGCAUGCGGGAGGAAGAAGCAUCGCCCUGCAAAAAACAAUGUGAGUGGAGGAACUCAGUCGGGAAACUCCAGAAGGAGCGCGAAUCGUCAGCGCGCGAUGACACAAGUGAUGGCGAUGACUCAAGAGCAAGCUCCGCAAGGGGGACAAUCAUCGGGGAACAACAUUCUGACGCCCUCAGCAGGACAAUUUGUAGGAUCCCCAGCGAUCCAGAGUUAUUACCACCCGGGGCGCAAUGCGAUUUGGCAACUUCCAAAGUGAUAUGUUUUUUGGAUGACAAUUAUGCAGUGAUACCCACUGGUGUCACUGGAUCCUCGUGGAAGAGGCAGGACUUUCUAAUUAUAGGUAAGGACAGAAGCAGUGUUUUGGGAUUUGUUAUUUACCCUUCUGUCAUUUCAGCAGAUCGCAAUGAUGAGUUGACGGUUUUAGCGAAGCCUCAUCAGCCACCAUUGAUCAUUCCCCCGAACACCUCGAUUGCCAGGGCAAUUGCAUUGCCACCCCAUGCUGCAGAACAAGUCUUGCCAGUGCUCCGGGAACAAGAUCUUCCUUCAGUUAGGCUGGCGGCGAGGCACGUGAAACC